AUGAAUGGCAUUUCCGUAGAUAUAACCCAUUUGAAGAAAGGCGAGGUCAAUUUGGGAACCUCCAUCAUGGCAGUGACCUUCAAGGACGGCGUAAUAUUGGGGGCUGACUCACGUACCACAACUGGCUCCUAUAUUGCCAAUCGUGUCACCGACAAGUUGACGCAAAUUCACGAUACUAUAUAUUGUUGUCGGUCUGGAAGUGCUGCCGACACCCAAGCUAUCGCCGACAUUGUCAAAUAUUACAUGCAAAUCUACACGUCGCAAUUACCUCACGAUGAAAAGCCAACCACACAAAUCGCUGCCAAUAUAUUUCAAGAACUUUGCUACAAAAACAAGGAUAAUUUGACGGCGGGAAUCAUUUGUGCUGGAUACGAUGAGAAAAACAAAGGUACGGUUUAUCUGAUUCCCAUUGGAGGUUCUAUACAUCAGCAGGAAUACGCCAUUGCCGGUUCGGGGUCUACGUUCAUAUACGGAUGGUGUAAUGAAAACUAUAAGAAAGACAUGGAGAAAGACGAAUGUGUCUCGUUCAUAAAGACGGCGUUGUCCGAGGCUAUCAAGUGGGAUGGUUCUUCGGGAGGUGUGAUCAGAAUGGUGGUGUUGACAGCCGAUGGAGUGGAACGUAAGAUCUUUUACCCUGACGAGUAUCAGAAAUAG